AUGCCCGUCCACAUCGCCGGGAAGGUUUGGGAAGAAGGCAUAUCUGCCAUUCCCUAUGGCUGGACUCUCCUUAAGCUCAUCCCGGUUGUCGGCGUGAUCUACCUCCUGAAGCUGUACUUCAAUGGCGCCGUCAACACGUCGGAGCGCAACAUGCACUCCAAGGUGGUCAUGAUGACGGGAGGAACGUCAGGAAUCGGCGCCGAAGUAGCUAAAGGCCUCGCCGCCCGCGGCGCCCAAAUCGUCCUGCUCACCCAACACCCCCUCACCGACCCCUUCCUAGUCGACUACAUCGAAGAUCUGCGCGCACAGACAGGCAACGAACUCAUUACCGCGGAGCAAGUCGAUCUUGCUUCCCUCUAUAGCAUACGCAAGUUUGCCACAAAAUGGGUUGACAAUGCGCCGCCGCGCCGUCUCGAUAUGGUCAUCCUGUGUGCAAACACGCGGACACCUUCAGGUGGCUCAGCGGUUUUCACAGAGGACAACCUCGAAGCAACAUGGGGCCUGAAUUACAUGGCGAACUUCCAUCUCCUCAGCAUCCUGAGCCCCGCGCUGCGCGCCCAGCCUCCCGAUCGCGACGUACGCAUCAUCUUCGGCACCUGCAGCUCCUACCUUGGCGGCGUGCUCCCGGUGUCCAGUACACCCGCAAAGAAAGGCAAGAAGGACACGAUAGAAGCGGUCCCUUUCACGCCUAGCACUGCCUACGCCACUUCCAAGCUCGCCCUCAUGACCUUCGCCCUUGCCUUCCAGAAACAUCUCUCCUCGUACGCCCGCCCGGACAAGAAUCCCAACACCUCGCGCGUCAUCAUCGUCGACCCGGGCUGGACGCGCACCCCGGGCAUGCGCCGCUUCCUUACCCUCGGCAGCCUAUGGGGGCUCCUCGUGUACGUGGCUACGUGGCCGCUGUGGUGGCUGUUUCUCAAGAGCUCAGAUCAGGGCGCGCAGACGUUUUUAUAUGCGGCGAUGGAGGCGCAGUAUGGGCGCGGCGAGGGGGGCUGGUUCUUGAAGGAGUGCAGGCAGAUGGAGAUGCUAAAGGAUGAGGUCAAGGAUGAGGCGCUGCAGAAGAAGCUGUGGGAGGUUAGUGAGGAAAGUAUCAAGAUACUAGAGCAGGAGGGUGCGAAAAAGAGGGCAGCGGAGAAGAAGAGUGAUGAGAAGGGGGCGGCGGAGGGGAAGGAGACAAAAGUCGAUACGAAGACGAAGACGAAGUCGACGACGGCGAAAGAGAACGGCGCCGCGAAGCAGCGCAAAGGGAAGUAG